AUUCAAUAACUGUCACUGUCACUGCAAUCCCUACUUUCCAGUGUUUCACUUUAAAUUUGCGUAAAUAUAAUAUUAAAAGGACUUACAAAAUUCAAAAAUGGCUUUGAAAGAAGUAGUGGGAGCAAAAAUCUUGAACGAUGUUAUAAGAGCCGUAAAAAAGAAAGGUGACUGGAAGGUAUUGGUUGUAGACAAACUGGGCAUGCGAAUGAUUUCUGCUUGCUGUAAAAUGCACAGAAUCGCGCAGGAAGGAAUUACAAUUGUUGAAGAUAUAGAAAAGAUUCGUGAACCUCUGCCGAACAUGGAAUCUAUAUACUUGAUAACUCCAACAGAUAAAUCUGUUGAAAGAUUGAUGAGAGACUUCUCUGUCACUCGGAAUAUGUAUCGUUAUGCUCAUAUUUUCUUCACUGAGGCUUGUCCUGAUGAGUUAUUCAAUGAAUUGUGCAAGUCUCCCACUGCGAAAUAUAUAAAGACAUUGAAAGAAAUCAACAUUGCCUUUCUACCUUAUGAAUCUCAGAUCUUCUCUCUGGACUUUCCAGAAACGUUUCCUCUGUAUUUUAACCCUUCAAAAGCUUCUCAUUCAGCCAACCUUGAGCGAAUCGCCGAGCAAAUUGCGACUGUGUGUGCAACUCUUGGAGAGUAUCCAAAUCUUAGGUACCGAAUUGACUUUGAAAGGAAUGUGGAACUUGCCCAAAUGAUUCAACAAAAACUGGAUGCUUAUAAAGCAGAUGAGCCUACCAUGGGAGAAGGACCAGAAAAGAUGAGAUCUCAGCUGCUUAUUCUUGAUAGAGGUUUUGAUUGUGUUUCUCCAUUACUGCAUGAGUUGACAUUUCAAGCAAUGGCAUAUGACCUUCUUCCCAUACAAAAUGACGUUUACAAAUUUGAGACAUCCACUGGGCCUGAUGUUAAUGUAAAGGAAAAAGAAGUUCUGUUAGAUGAAAAUGAUGACUUGUGGGUGGAACUACGACAUCAGCACAUUGCAAUUGUUUCUACGAGUGUUACAAAGCAAUUGAAAACUUUCAUUGAAAGCAAGAGAAUGGCUGCAUCGACAGAUAAAGCCAGCUUCAAAGAUUUGUCUGUAAUGAUCAAAAAAAUGCCUCAGUAUCAGAAAGAGUUGAGCAAAUAUUCAACAUAUUUACAUUUAGCUGAGGAUUGCAUGAAAUGUUAUCAAGGAAAUGUGGAUAAACUUUGUAAAGUUGAACAGGAUUUAGCUAUGGGCACGGAUGCAGAAGGAGAGAAAAUAAAAGAUCCAAUGAGAAACAUUGUUCCAAUUCUCUUAGAUGGUGCAGUGAGCACAUUUGAUAAAAUACGCAUAAUAUUGCUCUACAUACUGUCAAAAAAUGGCAUUACAGAAGAAAAUUUGGCAAAACUCAUUCAGCAUGCCCAAAUCCCUACAUCAGAAAAGGCUAUGAUAACUAAUAUGGCUUUGCUUGGUGUGAACAUCGUGACUGAUGGUGGUCGUAAAAAGCCUUAUCAUGUUCCAAGAAAAGAAAGAAUUACUGAACAAACUUAUCAAAUGUCUAGAUGGACGCCUGUUAUUAAAGACGUUAUGGAGGAUGCUAUCGAUGAUAAAUUGGAUGCAAAGCAUUUCCCAUAUUUGGCAGGCCGAGUGGCCCCUACUAACUAUGGCCGACCUACACCUACAAGUGUAAGGUAUGGUCACUGGCAUAAAGACAAAAAUGCACCAAAUGUUAAAAAUCUACCUCGCUUGAUAGUGUUUGUUGUUGGAGGAGCUUCUUAUUCUGAGAUGAGAUGCGCAUAUGAGGUGACCAAAGAAUACAAAAAUUGGGAAGUAAUAAUUGGUAGUGACCACAUACUGACACCAGAGGGCUUCCUGACUGACCUUCGUGACCUUACUAGCUAAGUAUUCAUUGUGCUUUCCAAAGAUCUUGUCUCAUGCACGUCUUUUAGAUUCGUUCUCAUGUACAGUAUCCUGCUAGUCAUGCCUGAAAUGUAUUUCUAAGACUUUUCCUUUCUUGAAGUACUAAGAUUCUAUAUCUUGUUCAUCAGUGAAUAUUUUGUGAUGUUUUAAAACAAUGAUAGCUUUGUGUGCUUUUGGUGCAAAUUUCAUCAGCUGGCAACUUAAUUAUGUGAUAAUUAGCCACUGAUAGAUUGUUAUAAUGCUGCACACUAUAUUUCUACUUUGUUGAUUGGACUAUGAUCAAUGCAUUUAACAUACCUAAAAGUUAAGCAUUAUAUAACUAGAAAAUAUUUAUGUAUUUUAUCCUUCAAUUUCACAUAGUUUUAUUAUUAUUAUUUAUUUACACCCUAAAAUAUAAGUCUGAGGACAUAAUUAGGAUCCUUCAUACUAUGUCAUAGUGUAAUCUACAGUUGUGAAAUAACAUCAUUUUGAUUCAAAUGUAUUGUAAUUGUUUUUGUAAAUAACAUGUGAAAGUUAAAUUUGUUUUAAAUUUUAUCUAUGUUACUACAAAUUAAUUAUAAUGUAUGAAAGAACAAGAGCACUUAACAAGAUUGCAUAUAGAAACUUUAAAUCAGACAAAAAACAUUUUCGUUUUGUGUGAAUUUCUCACUUUGUACAGUUAUUUCAGAUAAAUUUUAUAUUUAAUAUUGAUGUACAUUUGUUUUUAAUAAUUUGUCUACUUAUGUUAUACUUAUGCAUGUUUUCUCAAAUUGUAAAAUUUAAUUAUUUUUCUUAGAAUUAGGUCAUGUUGUACAUUUUAUGAUGUAUUUAUUUACUUUUUUUUCUUUUUAAUGGUGAGAUUUUACUUGUUCGACUUGUAAUGUAAUCUUGUAGCUGCUGAGCACUGUUUUCCUUGGAGUUUCUCCAAAUUUGUUUGUGUACUCCAAAAAUCCAGUUUUUCAAACUCUACUGUACUCUAUUUCCGAUGAUUCCAAAUGAUUUUUUUCAUCCAUUUCUGUAAAGUCAUUCAGAACAAAAUAAGACUUGUUCAACCUCUACCAUGUUACCGGUUAGUUUGAAAGAGAAUGGUAGAUAGAGAUGAGAGGAAGUAUGUUUUUAUUGGCUACACCAAUGUUCCCUCGGAUUUCUUAGUCAUCUGAAAUCCAGCCGUACACUCUUUAUUCAAUAUUACUAAAGAGCAUUGUGCAACCCCCCUACCCUUACAUAUAUCAAUAGCAAACCAAUCUGCAGAAGUCAAGUAGUAUGUCCUUAAAGCUGAAAGUUUCUUACCAACUGCAGGGAGUAAGGGGAAUUAUCUGGGAUUUUGAUGCCUUAGGAAAUAGAGAAUUCAGGAAAAAUCACUAGCUAUUUUAAAAUGACCAGGGAAACUUGUCUUGCAUUCUAUUUUGUAUAUUAAAAUCUGACAGUGUCUGUCGAACCAUGUAUGUCACUACUCGAGAUUCGCAACAAGUUGACGGUCGAACCAGGCAUCAAAAAAUUCAAAUUUUUACAAGGAUCAUGAAUAACCUAGUCUCAAUUUUGUAUCACUUUAAUUUACUUGGAUAUUAAUUAAAUCUCUAACACAAGCCCUGAGCAAUGGCAGUAAACACCAAUCUGCCGCAGGCGGCCUGUUUUGGAUUAUUUGCUGUUUAAUGCUAGUUGUACUUGAUGGGCUCCUCAUUUUCUCCAUUUUGUUUCAUUUCUUGUUUUUCUUUCCAUCCACCACUUCCAAUACUGUCUAUCUUUAAUAGCCCUGAAAUGCAUACUUCUUAGCUACUCAAACUUAAGACUAUGCUGACUGAGAUUUUAUCACAAGAGCAGCUAAAUUGACAAACCUGAUGUGCUAACUGCUACACACAAUGCUGCGUUCAUUUCUGAAUCCACGUUAUGCCGAAAAAUGCCUAAUGUUUUAUUAUCUAAUUGUUUAAUCUGCUGAAACCUUUCAGCAUAUGUGAAGGCUACUCUCUUUCCCUCCUCACCAAUCUCUGCAUUGAUCAAAAUUUGUUUCGUAAGAUUCUCCUUAACUUCUCCCAUUUAUUUUGUUGUCAAAUUGAGUAGAUUUUAGGUAUUGAUGAUUCUUGCCUUUUUAUUUCCUAAAAUUUAUAAAUCACGCAAUUAAAAGGGGGGAAAUGGAUAAAUGGAAAAUCAAUGUAUUGGAAAUUAUUUUUUAAGAACUCAUGUUUUACUGAAUAUUUCCACUUCUCUCCCAAACAUUUUCAUUCUACAAAAUUUUGAAUUAUUUUGAUGAUGAGAAUAAUUUUAUGAUCCUUCAAAGAAAAUGUUGAGUAUGUACUUCAAAAGAUUUUUUUGAAUUAGCGAAACCUAUUUUUGGAAACUUGCCAACAACAAGCACCUGCUGCACUCAGAACUGUGUGCAGUUUUUCAGCAAGUUAUUUUAAGAUUUGCUACCUUAAAUCUGCUUAUUUAAUUUUUCAAUGAGCGGAAAAAAAGAAAAGUUGAUUUUAGGUUGUUACUUUUUGGUUGGUAGUUACUUUGUGGGGGGGGGGGGGGUGCUAUAGAUUCUGUAAAAGUCAACACAUGCUUGAAAAGAUUAGUAAAGAAACAGAAGAGAAAAAUAAUUUGAAUAUGAUGUAACAAAUCAAUCAUUUGUAUUUCAUCACACAAAGCAUUAAUUUAUGUCUGUUAAUAUUUAAAAAAAAAAAUUGUAUUGAAAACAUGCAACACAUAUUGUAUUGAGGGAAAAAACAAUUUAAAUUAUUAUCUGAAAAAGUGGGUAUCUCUAGGAAAAGUGCUUGAACUGCCUUCUCAAUCAAUGCAAAAUUCUCUUAUACAUUCAAAAGAAAAAUAUAAGAAUAAAAUGUAGCUUUCGAACAAAAUUCGUCAGAAACUUUAAAAAAAAAGUUGAAAUCAGUUGUGGAGAGUUGCAAAAGUAAUAAAAAUGCACAAACCUGCAGGCAAAAAACAUCUUUAAAACGUACAGUUAAAAAGGAAAUGAAGACUAGUUUUGCUUUGAUGAAAGCGAAAUCUGCUUCUACAAUUGAAUCAAAAAAUGUUUCAUUGAAGGAGAGGACCAAAUUUUUACUGUAGCAUUUCAUACUUCAAUUUAUAUGCUUGUCACAUUACUCAUUUGUAUUUUUUGCAUAAUCACUGUGCAUGUAAAUGAUUUAGCUUGAGUUGUAGUUGACAUAAGUUCAGAUAGGUAAAUGGUUUUUAUUUCCAAAUAUUUUUACUGAAUAGGAAAAUUAGGUGCGAAUAUCUGAAUUUUUCCUUCUCAUAUUUUAGCUACCAGUACUGUUUAUCUUCUUCUAAUGCUCUUAGUUUAUUAAUCUAUAGAUUGGCAGCUAUGGGGAUAAAAAGAAAUAUGAAUUAAUUCCUUGCAAACAAUUAAUUUUUCUAAACUUUGAAAAAAAAAUGUUGCUAGAAGUGCUUUCCAGAAAACAAGUUUCUGAUGUAACUAUUUCAGUACAGUUGAUUUGGUUUUUUAAAUUAUUUUUACUACUAUUUAUACACACACACAUAUGUGAAGGAAAACCUUUGUAAAAAUAUAUAUUUUAUUUGUAUGUAAAAUCCGUUGAUUUAAUUUUUUGAAUUUAAAAAAUAAUGUAAUGGCACAUUGUGUUCCACUAUAAUUGCUACAUUUAAACAAAUGUCCAUAAUUUAUUGUUACAUUAAAUAUUAUUACUUGCUGUGUAUAAACAUUUUGUUUGAAAUUUUAAAAAAAUAUAUGAUUAGCUGUUGAAACUGGAUGUUUGCUUGUGGUACUUAAAGUUUAAAUCAUGAUAUCUUUAUAAGCACAGAUAUUUUAUUUAUCAAAAUGUACAUCAUGCUUUUCUGUUUUUGCAAACAUUUUAAACUCAUAGAUUUUAUUCAACCUCAUUUGAGUUAUUUUAAUUGUAAUUCAAAGAUUUUACAUGAUUAGAUAAAAAGAUCUUAGUAUUAAUUUUGGAACUUUAAUUUUCAAUUGUUGUUUUAAAAAAUGUCUUUAUUUAAAAAUCCAUCAAAAAAAAAAACAGAAAUGAAUCUUUUCUGAGUUAUAUAUGAUGUGAUCAAAGAGCUUAGCAAAAUCAUCAUUUAAAUUUUAGAUGCUAUUGGAAGUUAAACCAUAGAUUUAAAGAAAAGUCCUACAUGUAAUCUUUGUGUUGUCUUUAGCCAUUGUGUACAGUAUUUACAAACAGAUGUUCAUACAAUGACUUGUUAUACUCUAGUUCUAGUCAUUGUACUUUAACAUUAUGACAUUCCUACUAGCUAUGUAGAUGAUAUAAAAUAAAACUGCAAUACCAUU